GAAUAUGCAAUGGGAGGAAAAUUUUCAGAAAAAUCUGAUGUAUUUAGUUUUGGAGUUUUGGUGUUAGAAAUCAUAAGUGGGACAAGGAACACGACCUUUUACAAUGACGACUCUUCUUUGAGCCUUUUAGGAUACGCAUGGAAACUGUGGAACGAAGACAAUGCAGUGAUUUUGAUAGAUGGAAGAAUAUCAAGUCCAGGUUUUUCAAAAGAGAUUUUGAGAUGCAUACAUAUUGGAUUAUUGUGUGUUCAAGAAUUCCCUUUUAAAAGACCGAAUAUAUCAACUGUUCUGUCAAUGCUUUGUGGUGAAAUUAUAGAUCUGCCUUUGCCGGAGCAACCUGCAUUUAUGCAGAACUUGAUGCGUUCUUUUUCUUCUUCCCAAAACCAUACGAAUACGAGGGGAUCUUCCAACAAUGUCAGUAUCACCACAAUGUUUGAAGGACGAUGAAUUUCAUUAUGUUAAUAUUUCUUUGUUUAUCUUUCCAUUUGUAAUAUGGACAAAACUUUUAUGUUCAAACAAUAGAGAAAUUGUAUAUAUUGAAGACAGAUUUCUUCUGUAGAUCUA